AUGGAUGUGCAUACUGUCCAUCAUGACUCCGCAUCUUCAGCUGCGACUCCAGCUUCGACUAACAGCACUCAGGGCGCUCCGGCCUCUGUUGCUUCGGCCAUUUUCGACCCGUCCACCGAGUAUUGUAUUCCAGACAUGGUUUUCUUUUGGAAGCCGCCCUCCCCUUUUUCCCGAUGGACACCGUCGACCUUCACGGUCGAUGGCGUUGUUUACUCUUGUGCCGAACAAUUUUUCGCUGCAAAAAAAGCCCGUCUUUUCGGAGAUCGCUGUGCUUUGCAGAACAUCAUGCGAGUUUCAGACCCUGACUUACACAAAAACUUUGGCCGUGAGCUUGGUAACGUUUUGUGCGAAUACCAUGAUGUGUUUUCGAGUUCUCCGACCGACUUUGGAUCUUGUUCGCUUUUUCCUUUUAAGCUUGCAGCUCCUGGCAGCGCACCCGUCACCUCUCGCCCCUACCGCGUUAAUCCCCCGGUGGUGAAACAAGUUGACGCGAUCCUUGACCAAUAUCUUGCCGCAGGUUUGAUCCAACAUUCGACCUCGCCUCACUCGAGCCCUUUGGUAGUCAUACCGAAGAAAUCUGGUGGUGUUCGCAUCACCGUCGAUCGUUGCAAGCUCAACAAGCUUUGUGCUUUGAGUCAGCUUCCGAUUCCUAGAGUCGAUGAUACUUUGGACAAGUUGUUGAAAGGGCAAAUUUAUUCCCUUUUCGACAUGAAAUCUUCGUUCCACCAAAUCACGGUGCACCGCGAUACAAUCCCUUCGACGGCAUUCGUGACGUCUUCCGGGCUUUUCGAGUGGUUGAGAUGCCUCAAGGCAGUUCGGCUGCCCCUGGGUGGUUUUGCAAAGUUGUCAACGAAGUCAUCAGAACUCUCCGCGGUGUUGCAUCGUACUUGGAUGAUUUAAUCAUCUUUGAUGACACCCCUGCUACUCAUGUUGGUACCAUGCGCGCACUCUUUGAACGCUUGCGUACGCACAACUUGAAACUCACGCCUCCGAAAGCUACUAUUGGCGCUACUGAAGCAGACUUCCUCGGACACACCAUCUCCCCUGACGGCGUUGGGCCUAACGGUGUCAAGGUUUCGGCCCUCACCAAAAUGCCUAUGCCCAGGGAUGUCAAGCAAGUACGCUCCCUCUCGGUGGUCUCAGCUACUACUGUAAGUUCCUCCCCAACAUGGCUAAACGCAUUCGACCUCUGACUACUCUACUCAAGAAGCAGGAGAAGUUUAUUGACACCCCUUCCAUGGAGCAAGCCGUUCGCGUUUUAUCAGCUGAGUUGGCCAAUUCCCCUGUUUUGGUUUAUCCAGAUUGGGAUGCCGUUUCAGACGGCUCGCGACCUUUUCAUCUUUACUGUGAUGCUAGUCGCGAUGGGUUUAGUGGGACUCUCGAACAAGAACAGCCAGAUGGUUCCAUUCGCC